CAUUUAAAAACAUUGUUUAUAUUUUGACAAAUAUUGUAAAAUUUCUUAACAUCCAAGCGAUCAUUUAGUCCGGGACCACUCAAGUCCAUUAAUAGAGGAAAUGAGCCAGUUACCCGCUGAAGAAAUUCGGCAGCGUAGGCUUGCUAGGCUAUCGAUGAGUCCCCAGACAGCCAAUCAGAACCCAUCAACAUCUAGCCCAGUGUCUUCGCCUGUCGCAAUGUCAUCGUAUGCAACAAGUCCAAACACUGGAUUUCUUAUGGCUGUGUCGCCACCAGGAAAUAUCCCUUUGAUUCAUGACAAAGCAGAAAGUUCUCUGGGAUCACUUGACAGUGGCUUUGACUCACAAUCAAUGGAGGUUGAUGAGGAUGAAAGAAUGGAUGAGGGAAUGAUUGGGGAUAAGUGUGGUAAAAGAUUAUCUCCAAAUGCCCCUGCAGCCUCACCAGAGCUUCUCCAAGCAGUAAAAAAAUCCAGAGAAAAUACUGAAAGAUCAGAAAAGUUGGGUAUCACAAAUGAACAACUGAAAAGUGCGAUUGCAGAUAUAUUUCAUGUAUGCUUUGAUGAAAAGAAAACACCAUCCUCAACUGCCCAAUACCUCCCAGAGAUUUCUGAGGAGCUAUGCAGAAGUUCCUCUGAAGCAUUUCUUGAUUUGGAAGCAUUCAUCAGCAAUGUCUUGAUGGAGAAAAUUGCCAUUGAAAAAUCGCAGGAAAAGGAGAAAGUUUUCCCCAAAAAUGAUAAAGAGAAUGCAGAUAAAAAUGUGGACUUUGCUGAUACACUUUUUGUGUAUUUUAUGAAAUCCUACGGUCGAGUAGAUAAAGUUGAUAAGGAACAUCAAAAACGCUGCGAUAGCGAGGUUUGGACUAACAUGUUGAAACAAGCAAGGAUGCAAGCAUUGAGAUUUUCAUCAUUGGUACUUCAAGGAACCUUCUCUGAGAGAUCAGUUCUCAAACCAAGUCCACUGCUGCAGUAUCUACUUGAAGAUAAAAGCGAGCGGCCAGCAGGAUUCAUGGCUGGUCUAGUUCAGCUGUUAGCAGAUGACAUCAGCGCUAUGGAAAGAGUGUUUGCACCAGUGCUAUUGGGUCUUGCAGAACGGGCUAAGAAUUGCACGUUGGCUGAUAAUGAGUACAAAUAUCCUUUGGAGGCGAUGUCGGAAUUGUGCGACGUGCGUCUCGGAUCCCCCUCGAAUAGACCAAUUUGUAACUUGAUGGUUAAACUACCUUCAUGGUUGCCCGAACCUUUGUCCGAAGCGAGUGGAAAGGAACUAGAGAGAAUCUCUCUCCUUGGACCAUUCUUCAGUCUUUCCGUAUUCUUUGAAGAUUCGGAGGCUGUUGCUGAGAAAUAUUUUUCAAAUACAAAUAUGAAAAAAGAUGCCGUAAUUCUCAGCACAAAUCGACUCAGACAAUUAUUACAUAAUGUGAGGAACGAGCUUUUCAAAAUUAUUCACAGUCUUUUGGUGUCAAUUGGAAGCCGAGAAAAAACCCUAGCGUAUAUUGCUGAAGUUUUAUCGCGAAAUCAUAAAAGAUCCCAUAUUCAGAGUGAUGAUACGAAACAUUCUUCAAAUGGAUUUAUGACAAAUUUUUUGUCCGUUUUGCAAACCCUGUGCCAUAAGGUCACUUUAGAUAAGAUCAAUCAUUACUACUUACAUCAUCCGAAUAGCCGUAUUGAUAUCUCGCAAGACACGAGAAUGAACGGAACUUCAGACGAAAUAAAGAAAUGGAAAGAAGAUUUGGAUUCAAGCAUGGAGUGGAAGGCGGUAAAAUUUCCGACAGAAUGUUACUUCAUGUGUUUUCAUUGUCAUCACCUGUCCAUCAUGCCCUGCUUGCAACAAUACUCACGAACAUGGAGGACACUAAGAGAUAUGACUACGAUGGUUGAGGAACUUGAGUCACGUGAAGGAGAGUGGAAGGACUCGCCAAUGGCGGCAAGGAAUAAAUUAUUGUUAAAGAAAUGGAAGGAGAAGAUAAAGAAACUGAUAAAUUCAAAAGUGUGCUCAGAUGUCGUCCUCCUGGAUCCAGAUUUUCGGCACAACUGUCUGAAAUACUAUAGUGUGACAGCUGAUUGGAUUGUCUUGCUGAUGAAAAAUUUUAAAGAAAGUCCAGUCGAGUUGCCCUUAGAUCCAGAAGUUCCUCGAUUAUUUGCGGCUCUGCCAGAGUAUUAUAUAGAAGAUAUUGCAGAUUUUCUCACCUUUAUAAAUGUGCAUGGAGCGGAAAAUAUGGGUGACGCAUCAAUGAAAAGUAUUGUAAUGCUCAUGAUUUUGGUGAUUUGCACUCCUUCAUAUUUGUCAAAUCCAUAUCUCACCUCGAAACUUAUUGAGGUGAUAUUUAUUGGGAUCUUGGUCAACCAACCAAAACCUUGCGCUUGGGUGGAAAUGUUGAAAUACGAUGCGAUAUGCCAGGAUAAACUAUCUCCUGCUCUGAUGAGAUUUUACACUGAGGUUGAAUCUACGGGAUCGUCUAACGAGUUUUACGACAAGUUCAGUAUUCGUCAUCAUAUCUCGGUGAUCGUGAAAGAAUUGUGGAAAGAUUUGCAUCAUAAGUGUGCGAUACUCGCUCACAGCAGAUCAGAUGAGUUCGUUCGCUUCGUGAACAUGUUAAUAAAUGAUACAACAUUCUUGCUGGACGAGUCCCUGAACUGCCUUAAAUCAAUCAAUGAAAUACAACAGUUGAUGAAAAAUAGACCGAAAUGGGAGGCAUUGACCAGGGACGCUCGCACUACAAAUCAACGUCAACUAGCGAGCAACGAAAGACAAUGUAAAUCUUAUCUGACAUUCGCCAACGAGACGGUGGAAAUGAUGCAUUAUUUAACGAAGGAAGCAAGCGAACCUUUCUUGAGAGCGGAACUGCGUGAUAGAUUGGCAGCCAUGUUGAACUACAACCUGGCUCAGCUGUGUGGCCCCAAAUGUCGAAAUUUAAAGGUUGAGAAUCCGGAGAAGUAUAACUUUGAUCCAAAGAAGUUGCUGAAUCGUAUAACAGACAUUUAUCUUCACUUGGAUUCAUCUAAAUUUAUAGAAGCUUUGGCAGCCGACGAGAGAUCGUACAAGAAAGAGUUGUUCGUCGAUGCUUGCAAAUAUUUGAGAAAAGCGAAUUUAAAGACUCAGAUUGAGUUAACAAGCUUUCAAGAAAUGUCAGAUAACGUGGAGAAGAAAAGAUGUGACAACGCUCAAAAGGAGGAGGAUUACGAAGACGCACCUGAUGAAUUUAAAGAUCCUCUUAUGGAUACGCUGAUGACCGAGCCUGUGCUUCUACCGACCAGCGGUACCGUAAUGGAUCGAGCUGUGAUCACACGUCAUCUUCUGAAUUCAUCAACCGAUCCAUUUAACAGAAAAUCUUUGUCUAUGGAUAUGUUAGUGCCAGCCACGGAGUUGGAAGAACGCAUCAAAAAGUGGAUUGAGACAAAAUCUCGAUCAAACAGGAAUGAAAAUUAACGGUGAUUUUAAUGAAAUUUAAUGAAUAUACAAAUUACUAAGUCUGUCGAGUACCGUAAGUAAAUCGUGUUAAGUGUAAAGAUUAGGUAAAAAUUACAUACACAUGUACGCAUUCGAUGUAAAAUCCACUACGUGACUGGUUUACGUGCAACAAAUCACACCAUCAUUGACUUUCAUCGGUAUAAAGUCUUGUAUUCAAAAGCUAUAUAUUUUAUGUAACAUGUUCGCUUGCAUGUGUAUUUAUUUGUUUACAUCAAGAUUCUUGUAAACAUUCAAUCGUAAUAAUGAUCUGACAAAAUUGUUGUGCUGACAUUUGUGAAUUGUUGUUGUGCUGACAUUUGUCCCCGCUGUUUUGCUGUUGUUGUUCCUGG